UCCGCAGUAUAAGCCGCUGAAAAAUCACGAAACAUCCCACACUGGGAUGUCUUUUAAAAUAUCGCUACUCCUAAUAUAGAUAUGCAAUUAUCCACAUUUUUAUAUUGUUUAUAGUCUUUUGUGUGUAGGAGAACAGAAAUCUGUUCCUCCUGAAUUCCUGAUAUAUAAGUUGUUUUGGAAGUAUUUAGUCUCAGUGUGUUCUUCGUGGUGGAGAAGCUUGAAGUCAUCAUGAUUAAGAUUGCCAACAUUCUGAUUUCGCUUGCGAUACUUGGAGCAACUUUUGCUCAACAGGCGGUUACUCCAGCUCCUUUUGUACACCCGUAUGGAAGUACUCCUUUCCUGUCUCAGCACUUCAGCACUGACUACUAUAAAAAUCUACCUCCUCAUUCGAUACAUCCAGAUUACUACAAAAAUCUUCCCCAACACUACCAGACUGCCAAUUAUUACAAAAAUUUCCCGCACUAUCAAAACACUGGCUAUUUGAAUCAGUACCACAAUUUGCCUGCUCAUUUAAGACCUACCAACUAUUACAAAAACUUGCCUGAUCAUUACAAUACCGCUGAUUAUCAGAAAAAUUUGCCUGAGUACUACAAAAAUCAUGAGUACUAUAGAACAGCUGAGUUUACCGCACCUAUUGUGAAAUACGAUUCUGACGUGAGGGAGGAUGGGAGCUAUGAUUACAGUUACCAAACAGGCAACGGCAUAUCAGCCCAAGAAUCCGGAGUCCAACGCCCGUCACCACCAGUCGGUGAGCUCGGUACUUCAGCGACGGGUUCCUACUCAUACACCUCUCCAGAGGGUGUACCAGUAUCCAUCGCCUACGUAGCAGAUGAAAAUGGGUUCAGAGCUGCUGGGGAUGUGCUUCCCACUCCUCCACCUAUACCACUGGCGAUUCAAAGAUCCUUGGAGUUCAAUGCUGCGCACGAGAAGGCUCUUCCGGUUUAUCCGACGGUUCCAGUACCACCAGUUUUUUGAUUAUAAUAAUCCAGAUACCUAAUAAAGUGG